AUGGUUCCCGGCCCCCGGCCGCCUCACGCCUGCUCCGCACCCUCCGAUCCUCCCUCUGCCCACCCUACCGGCCUCAAGCAGCCGUGGGCGCCUCGGCCUGGGGGACCCAGAGCGGCGGGCGCGCGCAGGCCGGGGUGCACGGGGCCGCCGCGGGUCCAGCACCCGGUCAGCUCCGCAGAUGGAAUCCGUGACUCGGCCGCCAGCCCCCGCGGCUGCCUCCUCCCCCGGCUCCUCCCUGAGCGUCCGGCCCGCCUGACCCCGCCCCCGAGAUCCUCGCUGCGGCCAACCACCAACGCGGAGGAAGUGGCAGCUGGGUCCUGGGAGGAGUGGGUGCGGCUGAACGCUGAGCGCUCAUGGACUCACUCUGAGAUAUUUCACCUGGGCCUUUCAGAUCCUGACCACGGGAUCCCUGAAUGUAUUUCAGUUGGAUAUACAGGCUAUCAUCCCUUGACCACAUAUGACAAUGUGUCUCUUCAGAAGGAGCCACAGGUCCCAUGGUUGGCAGAGAAUCUCAUGCCCGAUCAUGGGGAGAGGAACACUCAGCUGCUGAGGGGCUGGCAGCAGGCGUUCAGAGUGGAACACGCAGGAUCACUGCGUGUCUCAGGGGUUCACACGUACCAGAGAAUGAUUGGCCAUGAUUUGCUGGAGGUUGGAAGCACUGUGGGGUUUCUCCAGUAGGCAGGUGAUAGACAAGAUUUCAUUAUCUUCUAUAAAGACAGCCUUUCCUGUACAGCUAUAGAGAAUGUGGCUCACAUCAUCAGGUGGGUAUGGGAGGUCAAAUGGCAUGAGUUACAAUAUCAAAAGAAUUAGCUGAAAGAAGAAUGUAUUGCCUGGUUAAGGAGAUUCCUGGAGUAUGGGAAAGAUGUCCUACAAGGGGCAGGUAAAGAGGAGGGAGAACACCUUUCUCCAUAUCCACAGACCCUUGGGUUUAUUAUAGAACUUUUUAUAAUCUGUAUUCACCUAAUUACAGUCACCCUAUUCUGA